AGACAUUGCUGUCAAGAGUGUCAAACUACUGUCCGUUGUACAACUGACACACUAAACAACCCACCCGUGAAUUUACUCUGCUGUUAAAACUCGGGAUUUUUGUUUCAACAAACGAUGUAUCGUGCUAACCUGCGAUUGGUUUAACAUCAAAAACAGGACAUCUUCGUUAGUGUAGCUGGCUUCAAUCCCAGGGCGAAGAUACCUAUAAAGUGUCCCGUAGAAAUGCCUUCAGCCACACUGUUUCGGCAUUUGUUCAAAGAGUCAUGAGAGCUUACGUUCUUCUCCUGCUGGUGGCUUUCGCCUCCUACAUCAACGCCGAGGGCUAUGUACGAGUGUGUUACCACACAAACUGGUCUCAAUAUCGUCCGGGUGCCGGCAAGUUCUUUCCUGAAAACAUCGAUCCUCACCUAUGUACCCAUUUAAUGUACUCAUUUGCAAAGAUCGACAGGAGCAACAAACUGGCCAUGUACGAGUGGAAUGACGACAAGUUGUACCCAAGGUUUAACGCCUUAAAACAGAAAAACCGUGAACUCAAAACACUGUUGGCUGUAGGAGGAUGGAACCACGAAAAUCACAACAGCCCAUUUUCCAAGAUGGUCAAAACCGCGGCUUCUAGAAAGGUAUUUAUCGACUCGUCAAUUGAGAUGCUGCGAACAUGGGGCUUUGACGGUCUCGAUUUGGACUGGGAGUAUCCUGGAGUUCGUGGAGGCUCACCACCCGGAGAUAAACAGAAGUUCACCAUUCUCUGUCAAGAGCUGUUGAACGCCUUCAAGGCUGAAGCAGCCCAAACUGGAAAGCCCCGCCUAUUGCUGACUGCUGCUGUGGCAGCUGGCUAUAAAACUAUCGAUAAAGCCUAUGAAGUGGCCAAACUUGGUCCAUUGCUGGACAUACUCAACCUGAUGACCUAUGACCUUCACGGCACCUGGGACGACGUGACGGGACAUCACACUGCCAUGGUAGGUGAUGACAAGCUGACAGUGCCAUUCGCAGUCCAAUACUGGAUUGACAAGGGAUUUCCAGCCAACAAGAUCGCUUUGGGUCUUGCUACAUAUGGACGAGCAUUCAGCCUGAAAGACCCUGGCAACAGCGGCCUUGGUGCUCCCAAACAUGACUGGCAGAAACCCCAUAAAGGUCAAUAUACCAGAGAGGCUGGAUUCUUGGCUUACUACGAGAUCUGCAAACUUGGCUUAACUGUUGUCACGAAAAAUGCCGCAAAGGCUCCUUACGGCCACCAGGGUACCAUCUGGGUUGGCUAUGAUGAUAAACUCAGUUUGGAAUACAUGGUGAAAGAGGUAAUUAAGAGUAAAGGUCUCGUGGGAGCGAUGUUCUGGGCUCUCGACUUGGAUGAUUUCUGUGGUAGUCAAUGUGGCCAAGGUAAAUAUCCCCUGAUUAACGCAGUUAAGAAGUAUUUGGGUGACUACACACCACCAAAGCCGCCAACUCAAGGACCCCAGCCAACAACCGAUGGCCCUCAACCGCCUACUGACGGACCAGGUCCAGUUACGAAAGCGCGUCCGGUGCCACCCACGAACGGACCAACUGCGCCACCCUCUGGAUGCGAACUACUGCCACCUUAUGACACAAACCCAGCCAUGGGUGCAUGGUGUGUAGCCAACGGUGCUGCUGGAUAUUGUCCUGCGUCCCACUGCAAGUGCAGCUAGAUCGAGUCAGGACUGAGUCAAGUUUAAAAUGGUUGCUAAAGCAGAAUAAAAACCGCGUUAA